AUCUGACAUGGGCCAAUGUAUGGGUCAAAUGAGGCCCAGUUACUACUACAGUUUGAUGCUGAAGCUACACCCCUUAUAAGCCAUUUUAUCAGAAACCCUCAACCUCUCGAAACGCUUAGCAGCCGCGCCUCCAAUCUUCCAUCUUCGCCUGCCAAAAUGACCAAGAGAACCAAGAAGGCCGGUAUUGUUGGGAAAUACGGCACCCGAUAUGGUGCUAGUUUGAGGAAGCAAAUUAAGAAGAUGGAGGUCAGUCAGCACAGCAAGUUCUUCUGUGAGUUCUGUGGAAAGUAUGCUGUUAAGAGAAAGGCUGUGGGCAUUUGGGGCUGCAAAGAUUGUGGAAAGGUCAAGGCUGGGGGUGCUUAUACAUUGAAUACUGCCAGUGCUGUGACUGUCCGGAGUACUAUCAGGAGGCUGAGAGAGCAGACUGAGGGUUGAAGUCAAUAUCACUUUUUCAUCGGUUAUCAACAUCUAGUCAUAAGUUUUGUUGCUUAUUUGAUAUUUGAUUGGGAUAGUCAAUGAAGAACAAAAGUUCAGUAGAUUUUUGUCAAGUAUAUGUGUUAUGCUACUUUAGAUUCUUACAUGCUAUUUAAUUUCGGCUUUUCUUCA